AAUCGUAGUCGUGGGAGUGCAGACAGUGUCAGCCGGACCUCAACCAAGCAAACACCUCCGAAGAUAAACACUUAUCAGCCAUGUUGCGCUUCAUCACCCUCGCUUGUUCUCUCGCUGUCGCCUUCUCCUAUCCCUCCCACGACGACUCAUCCGCCGACCACUCGCACCACUUCGGAGGCGGCGGUUCCGGCUACGGCACCUCCUACUCCCACCAUGGCCCCGCCCACGGCUACGCAUCGGCCGCCGAGCUCACCAGCCUGGCCCACAGCUCCGCCCAACAAGCCAACAGCGCCGCCCAGAGCCAACACACGGCAGGCAACCAAGCCGCUUUCGGCGUGAAAAGCUCGCUAGCACAAGCCGCCCAAGGCGCCGCCGCCACGGCGCAGGCCGCCGUCGUCGGCAAGCAAGUGUUAGUUCAGGACCUCCACCACCAGGUCCAGAACGCCCAGCAGCAACUCCAGGCCGAAAUCGCCCAGUACAACGCCGCCCAGCAAGCCGCCCACGCCGCGCAGGAGGCCAGCCAGCAAGCGCAGCAGCAGGUGAAUACCCUGAGUGCUGCGCUGGCCGCUGCGCAGGCCACCUCUGCGCACGCGUCGCAAGCGGCAGCUGGCGCGGCGGGCGCCGCUGCGUCGCAGCACGCCAUGGUCACCGACGCCAAGCAGCGCAUUGCGCAGUUGACGUCGCAGUUGGACGCCGCCGUCGCCGAUCUCCAGGAGACUGAAGGGGCGGCGCACAAGGCAGCGGCCGCUGCGCACGCAGCGCAAGCGAACGCCGCCGCCGCUGCGAACGCUGUGGCGUCGAGCGCCAAGGGGUACGGGAAGUUUCAUUAGGGUGGGGCUAAUGGAGUGGGUUCAUGUAUUUUAUAUGACUAGUAUUGUAGAAAUCUGAUUUAAAUAAAAAGUUACUUUUA